CUCAUGUUGAUCUGCUGCUGAGCUGCUCGGCUGAGGUUUUUUUUUGGUACCGAGCGGAGAGGAGAUGCACACGGCACUCGUGUGAGACCCAACACCCCCACCCCUUACAGGACUCCUCACUCACCGGUCUGUCGCCUCCCUCUGCCCUCCACCCUGCACAAAGAAGUUCAGUCACCUGACCCACAGACUUCAAAACAUCCAACCUGUUCCUAUGUUAGCUCAGACCAGAGGGAACGAGGCGAGGAUAGAGGAAGAGCCAUCCACUCUUGCUGCUCUGCCCUCUCUCUCAUCAAACCAGAGUUCCACCAGCGCUAGGGGGUAUUUCUCAAGAAAGACAAGCCCCUACCCCAUAAUAAUCAGGACUCGGGGUCAAGAAGGUUCAGUAGAAUUACGUUGAGUUGAAGAAGGGAGCCCUUUGAUAUGGGUUCCCAGAGUGAGGAGAGCAUGCGUGUCCACACACACACCAAGCUGUGUUUCCUGUGCGUGCUCACCUUCCUGUUCCACCAUGGCAGCCACUGCCAUGGUGACGGCCAUCACCACCACGGUCAUCACCACGGCGACCAUAGCGAGCAUAGCGACCACGAGGGGCACGGUCAUGCCCACAGCGACCUGCAGCUGAACCCCGCCCCCAGGACCCCCCCUGCCCCCAGGACCCCCCCGGCCGGCAGCACGCUGGAGGAAGAGCAGCGCUUCUACAUCGCUCAGUUGUUUCGACGCUACGGCCAGCGGGACCGGCUCGACUUUGGGGGCUUCCAGAGCCUGCUGCUCAGCCUUGGUCUGGGGGAGGUGAAGCUGGUGGGGCUGGAGCACGAGGAGCUGGGCCACGACCAUGUGGCUCACCUGGACCUGCUGGAGGUGCAGGAGGGGCUGCACCACCACUCUCCCACCCGGGAGAGCCACCAUGGCCACGGCAGGGCCAGCAAGCACCCCCACCCCGAGCACCGCCCCACACACUCCUCCACAUCCUCCCCCUGUCACCCCCCUCCAGGCUGGCCCCACCCCACUGCUCACAGAGACCCCUCCCACGACCUCCACACUGGGGAGGCCACUGAACAUAAACAUGACCACGACCAAAACCCCGGUCAGGUACAGGAGAGGGACCACACACAUGAUCAUGACCACGAUCAUGACCACGAUCAUGACCAUGACUACGACCAUGACCACCGGCAUGACCAGGCUAAAGAGCACAAAACUGUCAUGGACAAACUGUCUCUGAACCAGGAAGAGCUCAGCUCCAAAACCCUGCCUCAGGAACACCACGCCCCCCGACCACCUCCUCCCCCUAACACCCAGGGGGGAGCAGACCCCCCCUCCAGUCACCCGGAGCAGCCAGCAGCCUCCUCAGAGCCCCCCCAGCCGGGAACUGCCCCCCCCUCCACUGCCCCCCCGACCACCAGGCCCAGGAGAUCCAGGAAACCCAGCAGAGGAAACAGGAAUCAGCAGAGAACAUCAACACCAUCACCUCUCACAACCACCCCCGAACAGAAUAACCACAGUGGUCAAGACCAUGACCAUCACCAUGGACACCGGCACGACCGCGGUUACGGACAUGGAUCCAGUCAUCCCAAUAAGAAGAAGCGUGAGGCGCCGGGCGAAGCGCCCAGCCCCACGAGGGCAGCGCCUGCUCCGCCAGAGCACCCAGCCGGGGGUGCUCACCAGCAUGAGGAGUGUCUUAACCUGACCCAGCUCCUCAGCUACUAUGGCCUGAGUUCUGAGUCGCUCAUCUCGCCUGCUCAGUUCACCUACCUGUGCCCGGCCCUGCUCUACCAGAUCGACAGCCGGGUGUGCAUCCGCCACUACCACCAGAUGGAGGUGGAGCAGGCUGCGCUGGAGCCCCCCAGCACCGUGUGGAUCUGGGUGUGGGGCUUCGUGUCCAUCUCCAUCAUCAGCCUGCUGUCCCUGCUGGGGGUAGUGCUGGUGCCCAUCCUCAACCAGGCCUGCUUCAAGUUCCUGCUCACCUUCCUGGUGGCCCUGGCCGUGGGGACGCUGAGCGGAGAUGCCCUGCUGCAUCUGCUGCCCCACUCGCAAGGCCAGCACGACCACUCCCACCCCGGGGAGCAGAGCCAGGCAGAGGAGCAGGACCUGCUGACGGCCUUCGACGGCGUGUGGAAGGGUCUGACGGCUCUGGGUGGGAUCUACCUGCUCUUCAUCAUCGAACACUGCCUGGGCAUGUUCCAGCACUACCGCGACCAGGGGGGCAGCUUGUGUGGUGGGAAGAAGAAAGGCGAGGAAGCCAAGAUCGGCAGGAAACUGUCAGAUCACAAACUGAACCGACGCUCCGACGCAGAGUGGCUCCACCUCAAGCCCCUGACCGAGGUCCCCGACCCUGUGGUCCUGUCCUGUGACAACGGCCACAGCGACAGCCAGCUCUCCGAGCUGCAGCCGCUUGACUCAUCCAGUAACAAGCUGCCGCCAGCCGACGCCCCACACCAGCAGGCCGACGCCCCACACCAGCAGGCUGACUCCCCCGCCCCAGAGAACGGCCGGCACGCCAAGAAACACGGUCACUCUCACAGCCACUCUCACGGCCACUCACAUGGGGGGAACUGCCACUCGGACCAGGAGAUGAAGGAUGCAGGAAUUGCCAGCAUCGCCUGGAUGGUCAUCAUGGGGGACGGCAUGCACAACUUCAGUGACGGCCUGGCAAUAGGAGCGGCAUUCAGCGCUAACAUCACGGGCGGCAUCAGCACGUCGGUCGCUGUGUUUUGUCACGAGCUGCCUCAUGAGCUGGGUGACUUUGCUGUGCUGCUGAAGGCAGGCAUGUCUGUCAAGCAGGCCAUCGUGUACAACCUGCUCUCUGCUCUCAUGGCCUACGUGGGCAUGAUAAUCGGCACGGCAGUGGGCCAGUACACUCACAACGUCACCAGCUGGAUCUUUGCUGUGACCGCCGGCAUGUUCCUCUAUGUGGCUCUCGUGGACAUGCUGCCUGAGAUGCUCCACGGCGACAGCGAGGACCACAAGCGCUGCCAGCUGGGACACUUUGUGCUGCAGAACUGUGGCAUGCUCACUGGGUUCGCCAUCAUGCUGCUCAUCGCCAUCUUCGAAGACCAAAUAGUGCUUGAUUUCGGCUUCUAGUUUGGGGGUGGAGGGUGAGAUAAGAUGUGGGGUGGGGGUGUAAAGGUGGGGGGUUGAGGUAAUGGGAGGAGGAAAUGUGUGUACACAUGGGGGUACUUGAGCUUCUCAGCCUUAAAGCUCUUCUAUUUGUCUACGUGUUUGUCCUGCAUGUGUGGUGGUGAAUCUUGUUGCGCUUCUCAGCAGCAGUGGCUGAUGCAUAUCUCAUGGAUCAUAGCAGCAGAUGUUUACACUUCACUCCUCUUUCCUCACUGUCUGGUCUGCUCUGUUUUCUACGCCAGAAAUCUGUACUGAAGGAUUACAUUGAGGCUACACUCCUUGCAAAAAUACUUCUCCUGCUACACCUUUGUUGUGGAAGCAUACUACCUCUGUAUCAGUCUAGUCUGCCAGUAACAGGCCCUCUAAGACUGUGGUUGUCCUCUGCAGAUUUUAACAGGCAUUUUGACACAUUUAAAUAUGUCACCAUGCUGAUUUGGCUCAAAGAAAACAAAACAUUCCACUGCCAGCUUACCUGACUGUCAGCAGGACACUGUCUGAUGGAGGACCUGCCUAACCCUGGAGAACCCAGCCAGACUGCAGGCUCUGAGAAUCCUGGUAUCCUGUGGCCCACCCUGUAACCACCCAGCCUUGUGUCCCUGUAUACCCUGUAACCCACCCAGCCUAGUGUCCCUGUAUACCCUGUAACCCACCUAGCCUAGUGUCCCUGUAUACCCUGUCACCCAGCCUUGUGUCCCUGUAUACCCUGUAACCCACCUAGCCUAGUGUCCCUGUAUACCCUGUAACCCAGCCUUGUGUCCCUGUAUACCCUGUAACCCACCUAGCCUAGUGUCCCUGUAUACCCUGUAACCCAGCCUUGUGUCCCUGUAUACCCUGUAACCCACCUAGCCUAGUGUCCCUGUAUACCCUGUAACUCGGCCUUGUGUCCCUGUAUACCCUGUCACCCAGCCUUGUGUCCCUGUAUACCUCACAACCCACAGUGGCCAUGUGGUGCUUUAGUGAUGCAGUCUUCACAUACUGACAUGGGCUGAAGCUAGCAAGCACAGGGGCCCCGGGUAGAAGAGCCUGAUGAGUCUAAAUACACCCUCAGACCCUGAGCGUACACCAUCAACAGGGCUGAAUAGUUCACCUUCUGAGGGGAACCCCGUGAGAACCACAGCUUGUGUGUUUUCUGUCAAACGUGCAGUGUCUAGCGCAAUAGCCCAAUUCAAAGGUGGGUUCAUUGUUAAUUUGCAACAAUUUUUCCCGAUGUUAUAUUGUUUUGGCCAUUUUCUUGAAUGAUUAGAUCACUUUUGGGUAUUGAAGGUACACACCACUUGUUAUUGAAGGAUAAGUGGCCAGGUUCAGGCCUUAGUCACUGUGUUCGUACAAGAUGCUGUUCAGCCAGUGCUUGAUUUCAAGCUUAGUUGUUUGAUGACCUCAAGAGUUAUCUGAUGUUUUGUUGGAUUGACAGAACUGUAUACCAAAACAUCCAUCAAAGCCCUUAUGCUAGCAUAGCCUUGAAACAUGUUCACUGCCUAAAUGUGAAUCAAAAUAAUUGUAGUUUCUAUUGAGAAGAGUUUUAAAUCAGAGUAGUAAGCGGCCUAUAAAAGGCAGGUUUUUGUUUAAACUGCGUUGCUUUGGAUUGUCAGUAAAAGUGUUAUCAUUCUAAUUCUGCAACAAAUUUGGGUAUAAAGGAUUAUGUAGAAAAUGUUGUAUUCAUUGAAAUUAUUCAGACAACUCUCAAGCCAGGUUAGGCUUGUCUGGUAUUGUGCUCUGAUUCUUAAAUAUAUUCUCCCAAUUAGCAUACUUUGCACUUUUAAUUGAUUGUCAAAUAUCAAAGCACAGAACAAGCUAAUCUUAUGUUCCUAAUGUCUUUGAAUUUGUAUUUGAUCAUUAGUAAAAAAAAUAAUGUAACAUUGUUUUUAUUUUAUAUCCUGCACCUCCGUUGACUUGUCUUCUGCCCCCUGAGUGCUAACUUAGCGCUAGCUGCAUUAGCCUCUUCUCCUGAGUGCUAAAUUAGCGCUAGCUGCAUUAGCCUUCUGCUGAGUGCUAAAUUAGCGCUAGCUGCAUUAGCCUUCUGCUGCUGCGCGCAAACUGGCCCCACCUGCUGGAGCACAUUUUAAUGUGCAACUAUCCUGUCACCGUGUGACAUCCAUCGUCUUGUCUUAUUGGGUGUGAAUCAUCGUCAGUCACAUUACACUAAUGUAUUUGAUUGGAUUGAAUCAUGCAUGAGGCAUGAGUGGUACAGAACAGACAAAUGUCUUAUAGGUGGAAUAGUUUUAAUUUUUUUAGAGUCAAAUUCUAAUAGGUUGUCGCUGAAAAACCCGUUGUUACAUUUUUGGGGAAACAGAUUAAAUGAGGAUGAGGGAUUGUGUUGGGUUCACAGUAACUGUCCAGUAGACCUGUUGGCUUGCAACUCUGCUGAAGCUUGUAGCAUGGUAAUACGUGGAUUUUCUAAGAUAUCAGUCGCUAAUGGAUAAAAGGUCAAAUAAGGACGAUGUUUUAGCUUUACUUUGCCAGGUUCAGUGACGCCUUAAUUGCCAUAAUGUGGUUUGACAUGCCGUUCUGAAACCAUGGGGGUUUUAGUUUUACAUUUGAAGGUAUUGUAGCCCAGAAAAUCUCUCAUCUCUCAAACAUUCUGCUGUCAUUGUCUUCUAAAAUUAUGAAGGUACAUUGUUUAAUUUUGUUUCAUUUUAUUAUUGUUUAUUAACUUGGAUAUUUAAAUGUUUUCAUUGCAUUUAUCAUCCACGCUGAUUGUGUGUUAUUUCCAUUAAGAGACAAUAAAGUUGAUUUAGAGCCUGUU